CGGGGGGCGGGCUCGGGCUCUGGGGAGUCCUUGUGCUGCUGGGGCUCCGGUGCCGCCGAGCGGGGCGCGCGCUGCCCGACUGCAAACGCAGCCGGGCGCAGCCGCAGCCCGUGGCGAUGCUCGGUGCUUGCGGAGCUGCAGCGCUUGGCGCGGGGCCCGGGUGGCGCUGCGAACCGGGGGCUGCCGGGAGGAAGCGGCGGCCGGGCCGGCCCUGAGUCAGCGGCGCCUCCGCAACCAGAUUGAAAGAUUACAAACAACUGUCCUGUAAAAACAAGACGGGAAAAACAAUCUUACUUGGCAACAAUGAGGUAUUUUCACUUAUGUAAGCUUCCAGGAAGAGUUAUGGGAAUCCAUCUACUAUACUUCACUACCAUGGUGAUCGUUAUCUUACUUCUUGUGGCAGGGGCUUUAACAGCUUUGCUGCCCAAUAUCAAAGAUGACAAAAUGCCCAACUUAAGAAGGGAACCAAAAACCUCGAGUCAGUCUGCCUUGGAUUCGUUUACUCUUAUUAUGCAGACAUAUAACAGAACUGACUUACUGCUAAAGCUUUUAAAUCAUUACCAAGCCAUCCCCCACCUACAUAAAGUAAUUGUUGUGUGGAACAACAUUGGUGAGAAGAUACCAGAGGAAAUGUGGAAUUCCUUGGGGCCUCAUCCUGUCCCUGUUGUCUUUAAAGUUCAAACUGUAAAUCGCAUGAGGAACAGACUCCAGAAUUUCCCUGAACUGGAAACAAAAGCUGUUUUAAUGAUGGAUGAUGAUACACUAGUCAGCGCUCAUGACCUUGCUUUUGCCUUUUCUGUUUGGCAGCAAUUUCCAGACCAUAUAGUGGGAUUUGUUCCUCGAAAGCACGUUUGUACUCCUUCAGGUGUAUACAGUUAUGGCAGCUUCGAAUUGCAGAACCCUGGAUUUGGAAAUGGAGAUCAGUAUUCUAUGGUUCUUAUUGGUGCAGCAUUCUUUCAUAGUGGGUAUUUAGAAGACUUUCAACGACAGCCGGAAGCUGUUUAUGCCUUAAUAGAUGAAACUCAAAACUGUGAUGAUAUUGCCAUGAAUUUUCUGGUAGCCAAGCGUACUGGAAAGCCUGCAGGAGUGUUUGUGAAGCCUGUUGAUAUACGGAAUUUAGAAAAAGACACUAACAGUGGCUAUUCUGGAAUGUGGCACCGAGCAGAGCAUUUGUUACAGAGAUCUUACUGUGUAAAUAAACUGGUUAAUAUUUACGAUGGCAUGCCUUUAAAAUAUUCCAAUAUCAUGAUUUCUCAGUUUGGCUUUCCUAAUUAUGCCAAUCACAAAAAUAAAAUGUAAGCCAGUGAAUUUAAGGGGCUAAAUGAUAAACAGUACUCAGUGAAUUGUACUGAGUUCAAAGAGAGAAGGUGUAAUUACUUGCAUCUUGGCCAUCCUUAUUUGUUGCACCUGAAUUUUUUCCAUUUAGCUUUUUGUGAGGGUUUUUUUCCCCUUUCUUACUAAUUCUCCAAGGUAAGUUUUGAGAAAACUUAAACGACUAUUUACUAAAAUUCAGCUGUCAUAAAAUCAUCCUCUUUCCUUAAAAGCUGAAAAGCUAUUACAAUUAAUUGGGCCAGUUCUCCAGAAACAUGCAGACAAAAAUGCACUUCUACUCUUCAGUGCUUAUGGUUUGAUUUUGGUUUUUUUAAUAUAUGUAUCUAGUCAUAUGAAGUCUAAGCAUAUAUCUGAUAGUUAUAUGGUGAGAUGCUUCUUGGCCUCCCCCCCUCUUCUCCUCACCUCCUCUUACCCAGUUCUCAGUAAACUAUAGGACUACAGCAAGCUGUUGGCCAGGCAUCUAGACUCCUGUACAAAAUCCCUCUGAAGUCUGUAUACAAGCCAUUCUAUAUUCUGAGCUGUUCCUGAAGCUGCUGUGAAAGCAAGCCACAGAGUACCUCACAUUAAUCUCAGAUAGUCAUAAAAUCAUUGCCUAUGAUGUCGAUUGCUGCUGACAUAAUGGAAAAUUAUUUCUGAUGUGGCUUUUUUUUUCCUACUACUAAUUUGCCUACAGUUGCUGAAACACUCAAAGCAUCUGAAAGGUAAAACCUAGCAAUUGGAAAUGUAAGAAACAUGAAUACGUGAAAUGUGAAACUUUAUAUAAGCAGCCAGAAGAAAUGGAUGGGAUAUUACUUAUUAAUACUCUCUUUAGUACUUAAUUUUAGUUGGCUAUUUUGCAUGCACAUUGUUAUUAAAAUGUGCCCAAGAAAAUACUCACUUCUUAAAAAAAAAAUCUCGUUUACAAUUCCUAAUAGUAGCAAGAUUUUCUACAGAGUGUACAUUUUGUAAUAUUACAGGUCUACUAUUUUUUUAACUACUCUUUCAAUUGAGUGUGUACUUUACUUUUGGGUUCCUUUCAUCUCUGUUUUUGGUGGCUAUGACAACAGAACUAAAAUGUGCCAUGCAUAGGUAAAGCAUUGUUGAAGUAUUUUAGGGUACAGUGAUGUUUCACAGGGCUGGACUAUUAGUCUCCAAAUUCCCUGGUUUCAUCUAUAGCAAGAAAUGAAGCCAUUAACAGCAGUGGGACCCUCUAGUUGAGGACACUAGUUAACAUAGACAGGAUGAACCUUUUCCACUGGAGUUGGAGAAGUUUUUUUGUGGUACUGAGGAAAGAACAAAAGACAGUGAUUUUCCAGGAUCAUGGAGAGGAAUCAAAUUUGGCAUCUGAAGUAGAUUUAGGGUCAUUUGCAUUAGCUUUUAAUUGAUUAUUGGUUCAAAGGUAUCUAUGGGCAAUCAGUAAUAGCUAAUACCUGGUACCCAAAUAGCAUCUGCACAAAUGGUGUAUAAUUGUAUUAUUUUUUAUAAUAAGUUAGCUGAAUAAAAGGUGGUUGAAAAACAUGACAAGUCUUUUACCACAGAGUUAAUUCUGGGUGUGAGUCUUUGGAUUUCUUCGGGGAAAUGGAGUAUUCUCUUGCCUUGUUCUAUCAGUGUUAAUGGAUUUGCUUUCUUUUUGGUGAAGUCUUCCUAGUACUUCUGUAAGGUUUAAAGGGCAAAAUCUUAACGUGGCAAUGUAAAGUCUGCAUAAUUUUGUUGUAAUAGUGAAAAGUAGCUUUUAGGUACUGUGCUGUAGUGAUAAACAGUAUACAAACAGGUCUAUGAUCUCUCCAGAAAUGCAGCUUCCCUAGUGGUAGUUUACUGCAUUUCAUUUUCUUACUGGUCUGUAAUUUCCAUUCUGUGCAAUAUCAGCUAGAAUUGUGAAGACUCACAGGUGUUGUUUACCUUACUUUUAAAAUGUGAAAUGAACUGUCAGGUCAGCCAAAUCUCAUUACUGGGUUCUUGUUAGAGUGAAGAAGUUGGUUUUGGUUGAUUGUUUUGGGUUUUUUUCAUUCUUCUGUACCAGUGAAUGAAUUGCUAGAAAGACCUUUUAUUAUACUGAUAACUUUAAUUUGUACAAUUGUCAAAUAAAAUACAUAAAACAGG